CCUCUAAUAUCUCAAAUUCUUCGCAUUGGCUCCAUGAGCCUGGUGGAAUAGACUGUGGUAAGGUCAAUCUGCUGAAGCACUUUGAAGGUCCAGAUAAUUACAGCCGCGAGACUAGGAAACAGGGGUUCUAAGAACGUGGCGGAGGCAGACAGAACAGUUUCUGAUGAGCUUCCUGUGGUUUGAGUACCCACAAGAAAACUUGUGGGUAAAGGGCUUGCGGGACCUGGGCGCCACCGGUUACUUCCGCCUCCUCCCGUUGUCCGGCUCAUAGCCUAGGUUCUAAUUCUGUCCUGUCCUCGAGGCCACCGUUGGCCUCCAGCCUCCAGCCUCCAGCCUCCACCCUCACACAGUGGAGAAACCAGAAUUCUGACAGUGCCACACUAGGCCCCCAGCCCUGUCUCUGCAGCAAACGGAGCACGAGCGGAAGUGACGUCAGAGCCCGCGCCCGUCUCUUCCGGCUCUUAUCUGCACUAGAGUUCCCGGGAGAACCGCCUUUUGUGAGUUUUGCGGUUCAAGGACCUACAGGUUGAGGGGGAGGCUAAAGGACGAGGGUGCUGAGCUCUGCCGCGUGCGCCCCGGCGCCUCUGGGCGCCACCUUCUCUGAGGCGUCUCAGCACGCCAGUCUCCAGGGUGGGAAAAUGCCCGGAGGGCGCGUCCUGGCGAUGGCUGCAUCCUCGGUGCUCCCGCUCUUCAAAAGCCUCCAAAGCAGCCUUUAUGGAAAAAGCUGUUUCAUUUUUCUCCUCAGAAGGAAACGAAUUUUUGCCGGAGUAGUUGGAGUGGCCGCCGUCAUAAACCUUGCGAUGCCAGCGCCUCUGACAGCACUCAGGCUGGCCUUGAACUCCCUGUGUAGCUGAGGAUGACCUUGUACUCACGGACUUCCUGUUUCCACCUCCUAAGUGCUGGGAUUUCAGGAAUGCUAAAGUUGUGUACAACAAACAAUAAGAGUGCCACUGUCCACAGAAAGUCAUCAGCUGUACUAACAUGACGAAAGGAAUAUUCAGAUACACUUCUGUGUUACAGGAUGGCAGCUCCUGACUUGUCCCAUGGUCUUUCAGGGGACUCAGUCUGCUUGCAGAAAGAAGUAUCAGCAGAAAGGAUGUUAGUUGACUACCUGACAAAUUAUCAGGGGUUAGUGCGCUUUGAAGAUGUGACUGUGGACUUUACCCAAGAGGAGUGGACCUCACUGAACCCAGCUCAGAGAAACCUCUACAGAGAUGUGAUGUUGGAGAACUACCAGAACCUGGCCACAGUGGGAGAUCAGCUCAUCAAACCCAAUUUGAUCUCUUGGUUGGAACAAGAAGAGUUUAGUACAGGUCAGAAGAUAGUUUUCCCAGAAUGGAAAAUGCAACUUGAAACCAGAUGUUCAGCAUUCCAGCAUAACAUUGGUGGUGUGCAGAUGGCAGGAAGCCAGAAUGGAAGAGAGCUCUGGGACUGGACGCAGCAUGGAUACUCCAGUGAACUCUCAUCCCUUAAGACACAUAUGAAAAAUCAAACUACACAGGAUGAUUAUGAUUGCAGUCAGUACAGAAAAGACUUUCCAGUGCUUCCGAAUAAAAACUGUGCUGGUGAGAAACUUUCUGACCUCAGUCAGAGUAAAGAAACCGGUAUCACACACCCAGUUAAAGUUUAUCAGAAAAUUGCCACACAAGAGAAAUCUUUUGAAUGCAAUGACUAUGGGAAGUCAAACUUUCAGACACAUAGGAGAACUCACAAUGGAGACAAACUUUAUGAACGUAAUGAAUAUGGGAGAAGUUUUAUAAACUCAAGACUUGCUGUGCUUAUAGAAACUCUCAAUGCAAAGAAACCGUACCGAUGUAAGGAAUGUGGGAAAGGCUAUAGAUACCCUGCAUAUCUAAAUAUUCACAUGCGAACUCACACUGGUGAGAAGCCCUAUGAGUGUAAGGAAUGUGGGAAAGCCUUCAAUUAUUCCAAUUCAUUUCAGAUACAUGGAAGAACUCACACUGGAGAGAAACCCUAUGUAUGUAAUCAGUGUGGGAAAGCUUUCACUCAGUACUCAGGCCUUAGUAUACAUGUAAGAUCUCACAAUGGAGACAAGCCCUAUGAAUGUAAGGAGUGUGGGAAAGCCUUCCUUACAUCCUCCCGACUUAUUCAACAUAUAAGAACUCACACAGGAGAAAAGCCUUUUGUGUGUGUCAAAUGUGGGAAAGCCUUUGCUAUAUCUUCAAAUCUUAAUGGACAUUUGAAAAUGCAUGCUGAAGAGAAGACCUGUGAGUGCAAGAUUUGUGGGAAAGCAUUUGGAUAUCCUUCAUGUCUUAAUAAUCACAUGAGAACUCACAAUGCCAAAAAAUCAUACACAUGUAAGGAAUGUGGGAAGGCCUUUAACUAUUCCACCCACCUUAAAAUUCACAUGCGAAUCCACACAGGAGAAAAACCCUAUGAGUGUAAACAGUGUGGAAAAGCCUUCAGUCAUUCCACUUCAUUUCAGAUACAUGAAAGAACCCACACUGGAGAGAAACCAUAUGAAUGUAAGGAGUGUGGGAAAGCCUUCAUCUGUCCCAGUUCCUUCAGAAUUCAUGAAAUAAGUCACACUCACACUGAAGAAAAACCCUAUAAGUGUCAGCAGUGUGGAAAAGCCUACAGUCAUCCUCGUUCACUUAGAAGACAUGAAAGGACUCACUAGUAAGAAGCCUAGUUGGUUUAAGCUAUGUGAGAAAGCUCUUGUUGGCUUCUCGUUUACCUUGAAGACAUGCUGGUGCUCACACUGGAGAGAAACUAUUAAAAUUAUAUACAUGGCUUAGAUCAAUGCUGUAUUGCCAUGUUGGGCAACACAAAUAUUCCAUGUCGAAAAAUAAAAAUUAAAAAUGAACGUUGGCAAGAUGGCUCAGUGGAUAAAAGCACUUGAUGUCAUGCCUGACAGCUUGAAUUUGAUCCACAUCCAUGUAAAAUAGACAGAUGUAGUGGCAUGCAUCUGUUCCCAGCACUCCUACAAGGGAGGAGACAGAGGCAGGAGAAUUUCCUGGAAGCUUGCGGGUCAGCUUGCCUGGAGUAUACAGCAUGACAGAAAGAACACGAGAGACCUUGCCUUAACAAGGUACAAAGAGAACUAAUGCCUUAAAGUUGUCCUCUGACCUCCAUGUAUUUGCCCACUCUCCCACAUAUAUCACAGUACUAAAUAAAGUUUUAAAGAACUGAAAUGAGGGCUAUGGAGAUGGCUCAGCAGAUGAAAGCAUUCUCCAUACAAUCCUGACUUACCUGCAUCCUAUCCCUGGAUCCCACAGUGUAAGAAGAGAAUUAGCUCCUAAAAGCUGUCCUCUGACCUCCACAUGAAUGCUGCGGCAUGCAUGCCCCACGACAAUAUUACAUUUUAGAAAUUAAAACGAGGGACUGUAGAGAUGACACACAGGGCGCCUGCUGCUCUUGCAGAGGACUUCCUCUUCAGGGCCUAGCACUCAUGGUAGCUUGCAGCCAUCCGUAAGAGAUUUGGUGACCUCCAGCUGCUGUGAGCAUGCAGCAUACAAUUGAGUGCACACAUGUAGUCGGUCAAAACAUGUAUAAAGGAAAAAUAAUUAAAAGGAAGUUGCAAUGAGUCUGUUAGGGUGGAGUGACUGAUGUCCUCAGACGGUUAAGAUGCAGCAGGAUGCAUGGAGAGAACAUCAUGGAAAGCCUGCAAAUAGAGACAGAUGGCUACCACAAGUGUUUCUACUAAUGCCUCCAGAGGAAGCCACCCGAGUUACACUGAUCUUUUCUUUCCAGUCUCCAAAUUGUAAGAAAUAAAUAACUGUGUUUAAGCUACCUGGCCUGUUACUUUGUUGCGUCAGCUCUCUCUCUCUCUUUGAGAGAGAAUAUAUAUAUAUAUAUAUAUAUAUAUAUAUAUAUAUUCAUAUAUAUGUGAAUAAGCCUUUAGAGUACCCAAAUGCUUUAGUUAUAUGCAGAUCUGAGUGGUGGCCCUUGUUUCUAUAACCCUCCAAUAUGAGAGGUGUAAGCAGGAUUUUAAGUUAAAAGACCUGCAGUAUAUAGAAAGAUCUUGUCUUUCUUUUUUCUUCAAUAUUCCAUCUUUAAGUUAUCAAAUCAGAGGGUGGGGCUAAAAUGAUGUCUUAUGGGUUAAGAACACUUGUGGAGGACAAGGUUUCCUGUGCCCACAAUCAUGUCUGUAAUUCCAGUUCCAUGUCAUUUGACGCCCUUUUCUGGCUCCUGGGUGUGUGUGCACCAUACAUUCAUGUGCAUGCACACUCAUUCACACAAAAUAAUAAAUCUUAUUAAGACAGAUAACGUGAAAAUGAUGGCACAUUAAUAUAGUCCCAGGGGGUUGAGGCCAGAAUGAUCAGGAAUUCAGGCCCAGCACUGGCUACAUACUGAGUUUGAGGUCAUCCUGGGUGCCAGAAGAUCCCAUCUCAAAAUGAAAAUAAAGCUGGGUGUGGUGGUGCAUGCUUGUCACCCCAGCAUUCAGGAGGUGGAAGCAGGAGGACUUCUGGGUUCAAGGUCACCCUUGCCAUGGUAAGGGUGAGGCUGGCCAGGCUAACUGAGAUGCCUGUGGUGGUUUGAAUGAGAAAGGCUCGUUUGAAUGCUUGUCCCGUCAGUGAAACUGUUUAGGAAGGAUUUAGAGGAGGGCUUUGGGGUUUCAGAAGUCCAUACCAGUGUUUCUCUCUGCCUGCUGCCUACACAUCAGGGUGUAAAGCCCUCAGCUACUGCUCCAGCAGCAAACCUGUCUGCUUCCCACCAUAAUGAUUAUAGACUGGCCCUCUAAAACUGUAAGCAGGCCUUCAGUAAAUGCUUCUUAAAAACUGCCUUGGUCAUGGUGUCUUCUCAGCAAUAGGAUAGUAACUAAUACACUGUCUCAAAACAAAAGAAACUACCUGGCAGGGGAAAUAUGAUUAAAGGGUGGUUUUCCUAUGGCUUGACCUAUUUAUUGCACUCCAAAUGUUCAGACAUUUCAAACUGCAUCUGCAGUUUCUCCAUAUACGGGAAAUUUGUAUAAUUUGUAGUAAUGGGGAACUGUACAGCUGCUAAGCCACUCUCUAGCCCACAAACAGACUUCAUAACAUGUUUUAAUAUAUGUUAUAUGUAUGUAUAUGUAUGGAAUGUAUGUAUGUAUACAUAUGGAAUGGAGAAAAGCUUUUGUAUACUCAAUAGCCUUAAUAUUCACAUGUGAAACCACAGUUGAGAAAAACAAAUGUAAGCAAUGUGGAGAAGGCUUUCACUUACUUCAGUUCAAGUACAUGAAAAUACUCAAGUUGUAGGAGGCCUCAUAUAUUUAAGGAGUAUAAUAAAUGCUUCAAUUCACA